GCGUACGUAUGCGCGUGGCUGGGAACAUUAUUCGCAGUCGCACACGCCGCACCCAUCAAGACAGACUGACCGACGUAUUCAACUGGUCUGCAGCACCAGAAAAUACAGUUGUCACGACAAGCUCAACCUAGGGGCUAACUGCAAACCUUGCUUCAUUUUCUGAGGAUCCGGACUAUAUCCAUACAGAGAAAAAAUGGCGCUUUCACCAUGCCAGAGGUCGAAGUUGGAGAGCAUGUUUACGACAUUCUAUGAUAUCAACAGAGAUGGCAAAAUCGAGUGGGCUGACUUCACCGAAUUCAUUGAAAAAAUCAGCGCUGUGAACGGCUGGGGAGAAACCCAUGAGAAGAGAACUUCUGGCCUGUCUACUUUGAAGACGAUCUGGGAAGGUCUCAUCAAAUAUGCUGACGAAAAUUUUGAUAACGAAGUGUCUCACGAUGAAUGGUUUAAAAUGUGGGACGAUGUUAUGAAGGAGGCCACUUCUAAGGAUAAAUUCCCCCAAUGGCUGAACGAUUACAUGAAUUUCAUGUUUGACGUUACUGACACAUCAGGUGAUGGCAUCGUCGACGAAGGGGAGUACGUGAAAGCAUUUCAACAGUAUGGAGUCUCUGAUGCCAAGUGCAAAGAAGCCUUCCAAAAGUUUACCAAUAAUGGCGCCCUAAAGCUGGACAAAAAAGCUUUCGAAAAUUUAUGGCAUCAGUAUUUCACAUCAUCUGACGAAAACUGUCUCGCAAACCACCUGUUCCCAAGAGCAUAGGUUUCGGCAUUAGAUAAUCGUCCGAGUACCAUGUUUGUGACCGCGCCAAUCUCUUGGCUGCCGACCUCAGUGUACAGCAUGACCGGGAGAUGUGGACAUUGUCUCCCAACUUUCCUUCGACACCUCUUACGAUGAUCCAGACAUUCCUGCCCGCCCGCCGUCUUUCGUCAUCAAUACCCUGCACUCGACUCCACAUCAUUGGUGUACCUUUAUCCUCCGCCACAGGGUGCGCGAGGUGGUGGAUGGUGUGUGCGCGCUUCCAUGAUGGAGGCCCUCUGCGCGUUCCUUGUCAGUCGCGGGGUGUGGUAAUGCAACACAGCAACCUUACCCUGCUGAGGACACUGCGGACGUGCAAAACUUCACACGGCUGCGACAGAGCCUAAAUCUCUAGCUGUGGUUUUAUGACUAAUGAAAUCCUGUCACUGUCAACUCUGUGCACCCUGUGGUCGUCACGUCACAGAUGCCGUUCUUCUCGGCACUGCAAUAUGCAUCAAUAAAGACGUUUCAUAAUCGUACCCAGCACUUUCACAGUGUUCAAGUUAAAAAAGAUAAUAUCCUUGUCUAUUAUGCUAGAAAUCUAUAUGUUCAUUUAGAAUUAAAUCUGCUUUGUCAUUCAGUUGGUAUCAGUUUAUAGAAUCACGAUUCCCGCUAAUGGUUCGUGUGCGGGCUAUUCGGUCAUUUUGUGAAACUGACAAUGACAUUGAUGAAAUGAAAUAAAUUAAAAUUGUGUCUA